UCAGAGGUAUAAAUACGAAAUCAUUUGAAAACUGGUAAGCAUUCGCUACAAUUAAGUCGACGGUCGCGGUGUCUCGUAUUUAAAUUCAACAUUUAAUCGAAAAGCUAUAUAUUAAUUCCGAAGAAAGUGAAUCUCCUCCAGAGGCUCAGCAAAAAUGAAGGUAGCAACUACUAUUGUCUUAUUGGUGUGUUUCAACUCGAUAUCAGCACGUUCCUCAUCAUCGGCAGCAAAAAAAUCCGAUUAUGAGUACGAUUAUGACUAUAAUACGGCUGAACAUGGUUCACCGCCAGAAUCGAAACAAUCUUAUGUAAGUGGUACUGGUUCGAAUAAGAAAACUGGAUAUAGUGCUGGUAGUGGAUUACGAUCGAUUGCACAAGGAUCGGCUGAUCAGGCUAAAUCAGCUGUCUCAAAUCAACAUGCAGCAGGCAAACAGGCCGCAUAUGUUGCACAGAACACACUUGCACAAGCUGCUGCCCAGGCUGCUGCAACAGCUCAAGCCGCUCUUGCCGGCAAACAAGUAUUGCUACAAGGUCUAGAACAACAAAGUGUUGAAGCCCAUCAAGCGUUAGACGGUGAAAUCCAACAAUUACAACAAGCCAAACGAUCGGCCAAAGCAGCACAACAAUCCGCCCAACAAGCCUUGAACCAUGUUGCCGUAUUAACUGCAGCAUUAAACAAUGCUCAAUCGUCAUCUGAACACGCACAACAGGCCGCAACAGAAGCAGCUGCCGAGCUAGCAAGUCAAACGUCAAUGGUGGGUCUGGCCAAAGCCCGUGUCGAAGCACUUGAAGAGCAAUUACACUCGGCUCGUAUCGAUUUUGAAGCGACUCAGCAUGCAGCUGCUAAGGCUGCCGCAUCAGCUGCACAAGCUCAAAAUAAUGCUGCUGAGGCCGCUGCUCAUGCUGCUAUUGGACUACACGAAACACAGUCUGGUGGAGGUGAUGAUAGUGGAGAAGCACCCAAUCACAACUAUGGAGAUUUCAAAGCGUCACAACAGUACAGUUUCGCUGGAUAUUAGAAUUGUUAUAAUGCUUGCGGUUUCCUAUAGAUGCCUUUGUUAUCCUAUAUUUAUAUAUGAGAAUGCUAUGUCAACACUUUAAAACGCUCAAGUGUGGAUCAAGUGCGUAAAUGAUGACCCAUAUAAUGUUGAGUGUAUAUAGAAUAGGAGUGUGCAUGAUGGGUGACUUAUUUAUUUUAAUCAAACGACAAAUUCAUUGUUCAUUAAUUCAUCGAAAGGAAAGUGAUGUUAGAAAGCAAUUUAUAAUAUUCAAAUGCAAAAAAAAUAUUGUUGUCGACAGUCCGUGUGUGCAUUGCCGAGUUUGGUACUAAACAUAAAGGAAGUGAAAAUGAAAACGUUCAAGGAAAUUGAAUUGAAUUCAUUUUCUCGAUCCAUUCCUAAAUUGAAAUAGUGGUCUGGUGUAUAAGACGGCUGCACACCGCAAUAUUUAUAAUUUAUAAAUGAAGUUCAAUGUUACAACUAAUAUAUUCACUGGAGCAUAACGGGUUUACCGUCUCAUAAAAGCAUAUAUGCAGAAUUUCUCUUAACAAACAAAAACAUGUUUCCAACAUCACAAAAGAUCGGGAUGUAUACAUAAGUGAUGCGACAGCAGCUGUAUUAUGUGUACACAAUGUAUCUCGACGGCUCAUAUCAAUCACAAUGAACACACAAAACCAAUAACACAAAUUAACCAUCAUGAAAAUCAGUUUGAUGCUGUGAUAGUGACCUUACCACAUAAAAUUGCUUAGUUUGAAGACGUAAUAGACACUCAAUAACACGAAGAAAAAUGUGUAAUUUCAAUAUGCAAACACAAGACGAUUCGUCGAACCGAUCUUUUACACACAUCGGAUCCAUCUCAUCAAACCUCGGAAUGAUAAUAUUGCUCAAUAUGUAUUAUGUUCCAAAUGAAGAUAUGUUUAUUUCAGGCUUUUUUUAUGUAUAAAACAAAAAUCAAUUCGUUGUUAACAACUUUUACUCGCUUUUGUUAACUUUUCAUUUCAUUUCCAGAUUUUUGUAAUAUUUGUACGAGUUGUUUUUAAAAUGUAUGAAAAAGUUUUAAGUUUUUUUUAUAUAAUAAAAUGGCAUUUAUGUUACAAAUAAA